GCGGCCACGGCGUUCAGUAAGUGACCAGCCACCGAGGUAAGAGGAUGUUGUUCGUGCGUCGCGGCUUCACACCGCAGUGAGUGCAGUGAUGAUCAUGUGCUAGUGCGUGCAUACCCAGUUGUGCAAGGAAAUCGCCAUCAUGGCAACGCAGGACUACACCCCGCAUCUCAAGCGAGUGCUGCGCUCGUACCAGAGUACAGCCAUGACUAGUCUCCACGGGCCUGGCACUAUCUACCUGAACGUCGCGGGCGGCAGGGGCGUGAGCGACAAGGUGACCGAUUUCGGCGAGGAUAACAUUAAGUCUUUUAAGCAGUGCAUCAAGCUGUACGAGGACUCCCUCAAGAACAAGGUCGAGGACAGCCCCCGGCGGUGCGCUGCCGACGACGCCGCCGAGUGCAGGCGAGGCCCAGCGCCGUCCAGCCCGCCCACGCGCCGCCCGCCCACGCCCUCCGCCAGGGAGCCCGACCUGCCGGAGGGGAAGGACCCUGACGGCGCCCUUCCUUCGGCAGCGCCCCUUCGCUCCCCCUCUCCCCCAACCCCCGCCCCGCCACCCACACCCCCCGCCCCCGCCGACGCCCUCGCCGCCGCGCCCUCCGCGCCCACCGCCGGCGCCGCCAGCAUCAAGUCGCCCGCCGCCGGCAGCGCCUCCGACAGUAGCGCGGGCUUCGGCGGGUCGUGGGUGGAGCCGGGCGUGUUCCUGGCGCCCGCGCCCUUCCCGCCGCAGCCGUGGCCGGUGCUGGCGGCGGCCGACAAGGGCUCGCCGGGCUCCAGCAGGGGCUGCGAGGAGACCCUGCUGGACGGCGAGCCCAUCGCCUGCUUCAACGUGGGCGGCGAGCGGCGCCUGUGCCUGCCGCAGAUCCUGAACACGGUGCUGCGGGAGUUCUCGCUGUGGCAGAUCAACAACGUGUGCGACGAACUCCGCAUCUUCUGCUCGCGCUCCACGCCCUCGCAGCUGGACGCCCUCCGCGUGGCGGGCGUCCUGCCGCACACGGCCACGUCCUGCGGCCUCAUCACCCACACCGACGCCCAGAGGCUGACGCAGGCCCUGCUCUACGCCCAUCCCUCCCGCUCGCCCGCGCCCGCACCCGCGCAGUCGCAGCAGGCGAGUCCGCAGCUCCGGGUGUACCACACCUGCUUCGGGAAGUGCAAGGGCCUGGUGUGGGACGACCUGUACGCCUCCGCCAGCGCCGCCUGCAUCGAGUGCGAGGAGUGCCACGGCCUGUUCCCGCCCGCGCGUUUCGUCUGCCACGCCCACAGGUCCCUCGAGAACCAGACAAUCCACUGGGGCUUCGAUGCCGAGAAUUGGCGCACCUACCUGCUCCUGGUCCCCCUGAAGGCCCUUGCCCUCAAGGCCGAAGAGCAAGUUCGACCCGGCGGGCCAACCCAAGCGCAAACAGACGAGGCCGGCAAAAACACGUCUCCGGCGCGGCAUGCUCGGCUGCACCGGGAUUUCGCCGAGAGAAAUGUCAGGAGAGGAUGCAGCAGGCGGUGCCCUCCGCUGGCCAGGGACCAGCGCCUCCGCCGUGGCCUCCGUCAGCUGGUGGGGAAGGGAUAUUUCCGUGAUCAUAGCUUUAUUUGUGUACAUAUUAUCCCUGUACAAGAACCUCCCUCCCCGAGCAAAGACCAGAAAGACGAGCUCGGCGGGGCACCAGCUCGUCACGCAGGCGCUGGCGACGCUGUAGGCACGUCGUCGGUGGUGGCAGUGGUGUCACAGAGAGCAAAGCUGGUGGCAGCGGUGUCAGUAGCGGUGUCACAGGGCACGGCGGUGUCUGCGGUUUCGUCUGGAGGACGUAGAAGGCUGCGAAGGGACGGGAAGGUGCCCUUCGUGUAUUCCGAAGAGUUUGCGUUAUUGUAUGGACGUAUGUUUUGUCAAUAUUGA